GCCGGGUCCAUGUGGCGUCGGCUCCGCUCCGCCCUCCGGAGCCUCCGCGGCUCCCCCGCCGCACCUCCGCACGGCGGUGGCGGCCGCCCGCCCGCCGCCAUGGAGCGCGCCGUGGUGCGCUGCGUGCCGUCCGAGCCCAAGCUGAGCCUGCGGUUCGUGCUGCCCGACGGCAGCGCUCGGCACAUGCAGCGCGACCAGGCGGAGCCGCUGGGGCGGGCGCUGGCGCGCAUCGCCACCAACGCCGCUAAGGGCCACGGCAAGGCGGGCAAGAAGAGCAAGAAGGCGCGGGCGGAGGGCGGCGCGGAGGACGAGGCGGCGGUGCCGGCCGUGCCGGCCGUGCGGCUGUUCUCCCGCGACGGCGCGGCGGUGGCGGAGGAGGUGCCGAACGCGGCUGCCUGGCAGGACGGCGCCGUGCUGCACAUCGGGGACGCGCGGUACCGCGUGGAGCGCAACCCGCCCGCGCUCACCGAGCUCCGCCUGCCUCGCUCGAUCCUCGCUGGCUUCCCCGUGUGCCCCAAGGUGAGCGCCGAGUUCGCCGCGCCGCAGCACUGCCUGUUCCGCUGGUUCCGCGAGCAGCGCCCCGCGGGCGGCGGGGACGCGGCUGGGGAGGCCUGGGUGGAGACGGCGGCGGCCGAGCGCGUGUUCACGCCGCCCAACGCGCUGGUGGGGCUGCGGCUGAAGCUGCGCUGCACGCCCGGGGACGGCGAGCAGCGCUACGGCCCGGCCCUCGAGGUGGAAAGUAGCGGCCCCGUGGAGGCCGGGCCCGGCGCCUGCACCUUCGACGCCCGGCACCUGUACACCAAGAAGGUUUGCGGCCACGGCUCCGUCCGCGCCGUGUCCUACAACAUCCUGGCCGACACCUACGCGCAGACGGAGUUCUCCCGCACCGUGCUCUACCCAUACUGCGCUCCCUAUGCCCUGGAGAUCGACUACCGCCAGAACCUGCUCAAGAAGGAGCUGGCGGGCUACAGCGCCGACCUCAUCUGCUUGCAGGAGGUGGAUAAAUCUGUUUUCGUGGACAGCUUGGCCCCGGCGCUAGAUGCUUUUGGACUGGAGGGUUCGUUCAGGAUUAAGGAGAAGCAGCACGAAGGCCUGGCUACUUUCUAUCGCAGGGACAAGUUCAGUCUCCUCAGCCAGCACGAUAUCGUUUUCAGCGAAGCCCUGCUCUCAGAGCCGCUGCACAAGGAGCUGUGUGAGCAGCUGGCCAAGUACCCCCUGGUGCAGGAGAAGGUGCUGCAGAGGUCCUCUGUGCUGCAGGUUUUGGUUCUUCAGUCUACAACUGAUCCUUCCAGGAAGCUUUGUGUAGCAAAUACCCACCUAUACUGGCACCCCAAAGGUGGGAACAUCCGUCUGAUCCAAAUUGCUGUAGCCAUGUCUCACAUCAAGCACGUAGCAUGUGACUUGUAUCCCAGGAUCCCAGUCGUAUUCUGUGGAGAUUUUAAUAGCACACCCUCGUCAGGAGCUUACAGUUUUAUCAGCAGUGGUGGCAUUGCUGAAGAUCAUGAAGACUGGGUCUCAAAUGGGGAGGAAGAAAGGUGCAGUAUGUCUCUAAGCCAUCCUUUCAAACUGCAAAGUGCUUGUGGAGAACCUGCUUAUACAAACUAUGUUGGUGGGUUCCAUGGAUGUCUGGACUACAUUUUCAUUGACAGAAACGCUCUAGAGGUUGAACAAGUUAUUCCAUUGCCAAGUCAUGAAGAAAUAACAAGCCACCAGGCUUUGCCAAGUGUUUCACAUCCUUCUGAUCAUAUAGCACUAAUAUGUGACUUGAAGUGGAAAUAGAGUAGCUCUGGCAUGGUGCUUUUGGAGGUUUUUAAACAAGAAAUUUAAUUUAAUGUACUUCUGGGCAACUGAGGUUAGACCCGGACUUGUAUGCUACUAAAAGUAAAGCCAAAAUUAUUAAUGAAGAGUUCAUGUGUUUAAUGGCUCUACUGAGUAUUGUCACACUAUUCAGAAUACUUGCAUGAAAAUUUUCCCUUUUUAUAUGCUAAUGGGAAAAAAUACAUUGAAGAUGGGGUUUUGAAAAUUGGAUUAUCAUACACCUUUUUAGUGAUGUUUUUAAAGGAUUAAGAAUUAUUUUGUUUAAAAAAAAAGGAGUUUAGUCUGAUUUGUAAGACAAGUCUACAAAUUGAACCCUAUUUAAUUCAGAAAUAAACACAAAACCCAAAAUUGGAUUUACUUGACUCCACUUUAAUUAAUGUAAUGGUAAUUUAAGUUUAUAAAUUGUCUUGAUCACUUACCAUUACUAUGGCACAACUUCUAGUAAGUUGCAUGAACAAUGUACUUGUACCUACCAACUUCUGAAAAGAUGUUCUUAAUUAUCAGUGAAUGGACUUUGUCAAAAAUCAGCCAUAUUAAAUUCAAGGCUAUAAUUGAUUUGGAAGCAAUUUGUUUGCCCACAUAACAUGGGUAAUGAGGAUAAUGUUAACACCUUGUGAAAUUGGACUACAUGAAGAAAGAUCAUCUACUUUGAACAUAUGCUCCUUCUGGUUUGAGUCAUCAGCAAUAAAAGAUACUGGAGUUUAGGACAACCAGCUUUGGAUGGGAGGGAGCUUUUUAUCCAUAUCAUCUGUUUUCAGGUGGGGAGAGAUACAGAACAAUGUGGUGCAUUAAUUAUCUGUGCCUAAAUCUUUACAAAGAAUAACAAGUGACUUGCAAACUUUAUCACAAUGGUUGUAUUUUGUUCCUCUCUUGCAUACAAAGACAGCCUGAAUUUUUAAGUGUUUUUACAUGCAUUUUUUCUUUCUAGAAAUAGCCUAGUUUGCCCUAUUUUGUAGGAUGUGGGAAAGUGUAUUUUAUCUAUACCUUCAUGGAAUAUGCUGGAGUGGGUUCAGUCAUUUAACAAGCUUCUUGCCCUGCAUCAUUCAUCCAUAGGAAACAAAAAGCAUUUGGAAACCAUUCACUAAAUCUUCCUCUUUCACCUAAUAAAACUCCCUUUAUCAAUUGUCUGUUACUGUUGUCAGUUUGGGGUUUUCUUCUAGUUACUGGUGUCUUUCAUGGCAAAACAAGUCUGCCUGGGUUGAUAAAAGCUGUGUUCUCUCUGCUUGCACACCUGCUCACCUCCCCUGCAUUCUGGUGCUCUGUAGCUGGGAUUCACUCAACUGUUUAAACACUACUCAAACCAGGAAGUCACUUUCAGGUGGGAUAUUUCUGAGGGUUGCUGGUGCUGUCUCUUGUCAUAGUAAUUGCUAUGCUCUGAAGGGUGGUGAUGUGCAGCUUUUAAAUAAUCUGCUCUUUUCUGUUAUUUCCAAUACAAUUACUUCUAUGUUUUGCUGCUGUAGUGUCUGCAUCAUGUCAUCUAACAUGAUGCUGGUAGCUGCAGUAGCAAACCCCUCAAGGCAGGUUUACCUUCAGAAGUCAUACAAGACUAAAAAGAUGCAGGCCCAUAAAUCUCCAGAUGUGUCUCAAACAGCAUGAUGUGAGAAGACAAAUCUCAUGAAUUGUCCAGUGUUUCAUCACCAAUUCUGCCCACAGAUAAAGGGAAAUGGACAAAUUCCAGUAGUCUGAGUCUGUAGAAGCCUGUGAUGCUAAAGAGCUCAUGUAAAUGUCCUUCGAAAGCAGCUUCUUUUCAGCAACAUAGGCAGUUAACCUUCCCUCUUAUCCCAAACUCUUACCUGAUCUGCUCUACCACCUGUGAAUUGUCUCCUUGUUCCUGCUCAUGCCACACCAAACUAAAACAGGGAUGUGAUCCUGUUAAAAAUACAGGGCUUUUAGUUCUCUUGCUUGUACUAUCAUUUUAGUGGAUCUUAUGUCCUGAACUUAGUCACCUUAAAGCCUUUUGUGCCCAAAGAACUGAUACAGAUUUGGAGGUGGGUGGAAAGAGGUGAUGAAAGCUUGAAGCAAGAUCUUAACUUGCUCCAGCAGAUCCACCCCAAAGCAUAACACAAGACCUCGAUGAAAUGGUGCUCAUUUAUUCCAACAGCUUUGCCAGGCUAUAUGUAAACCCUCAGAUUUCUGGUUUUGUUAAGUCAGCACUUCAGCUAAGCUAUAUGGUAGCUAAAGCACCUCUGGAUACAAAAGGGAAGCAAAAUGGAAUGUGGCAAUGAAGGAUGUUAGAUCACUGCACUAGUGAUGGACUCUCCCUGAAAAAUUUGACCCUAAAUAAUUUGGAUGGAUCUUUGAUCAGUUUUUUAAGUAAGUCUAAUUAAAAAAAUAAUGUGUAAUUCAGUCUUGCGUGAGUUGAUGUCUGUACUCUCCUAGACCGCAAAGUUAAUAAUAAAAGUGUGGCUGAUUCAUAACUUCAA